AUGGGAAACAGAAUAUUUAAAGCACACGGUGAGAUUUGUGCAUCUCAUCCAUGGGAAGUUAUAGUUGCCACAUUUACAUUAACUUUAUGUUUGUUAACCGUUGAUUCGAAACCUUCUACGAUUUCACCUGGUAAAUCUGUACCAUCUUGCGACUGGGAUCAAAAUUGCGUCGGAAUGGAUGAAUACAAUGCAGCCGACAUGAUAAUGAUGACAAUAAUACGAUGCACGGCAAUACUUUACAGCUAUUAUCAUUUUUGUAAUUUACACAAAUUGGGUUCCAAAUACAUUUUAGGUAUUUCUGGACUUUUUACCGUUUUUUCGAGUUUUGUAUUCAGUUCGACAGUUAUUAAUUUCAUGAAUGGUGACAUCUCCGAUUUGAAGGACGCUUUAUUUUUUUUUUUACUUCUUAUCGAUUUAUCGAAAGCAACACUCCUGGCUCAGUUUGCUCUGAGUUCGUCGAGUCCCGAAGAAGUAAAACAUAAUAUUGCAAAAGGUAUGGCCAAACUAGGACCCAUCAUCACACUCGAUACACUCGUGGAAACUCUAGUCAUCGGUGUAGGAACAUUAUCAGGAGUUCGUCGGUUAGAAGUUUUGUGCGGUUUUGCUUGUAUGUCCGUCGUCGUAAAUUACAUUGUUUUCAUGACAUUUUAUCCGGCUUGCCUUUCUUUGAUUCUCGAAUUGUCACGAAUCGGAGAAAAGGGACGAAUAAUGUGGCAAAAUAAAUUUAUGGUUUUUAAAGCUUUAACGGAAGAGCAAGAAAAGCCAAAUCCUGUUGUCCAAAGGGUAAAAAUAAUAAUGUCUGCCGGCCUUAUGAUUGUUCACGCGAGAAGUCGAUGGACGUUUCAACCCGAAGAAGAAGAAAUGGUAUCACCUUUGGCUGUUGUCGACCACAUGUUACCAUUGAAUGCCACUGGAGAACCUUUACUUCAUUAUAAUAUUAUGAGAUGGAUUACUGUAAAUGCCGAUCAAAUUGUCAUUCUCGUUUUACUUUUUGCUGUUACCAUUAAAUUUGUACUAUUCGAAGAAAAAGAACAACAUUUUUUCAAACCGAACGUCAUUACCGAUGAAGUAAAAAAUGUGAACAACGACUCAUCAUCGCCGGAAACUCAAGAAACGGAAACGGAUUCGAAAUUAUUAUUUAAUUCGGAAAGUAUAAGCGAAGUUUUUAGCGAUUCACUCGAAGAUAAACAAGUUAAAAUUGACAAACAAAUUCAAACAGAAAUGGUAAAACCUGGUUUCGACAACAAUUCUAAAACGCUCGCCGAGACAAAAGUAACCGAGUUGCCUGUAAAAAAUAGUGACAGAGAUUUAGAUGAAUGCAUUAAGUUAUUUAAAGAAUUAGGAGCAGAAGCAUUGUCUGAUGACGAAGUCAUGCGAUUAGUACGUAACAAACAAAUAGCAGCUUAUCAACUUGAAAAGGCUGUCAACGAUCCUGAAAGAGGAGUCGGUAUUAGAAGAAAAAUCGUUUCGUCUGAUGGAAAUUUCAGAGAAGCUCUUGAAAAUCUUCCUUACACAAAUUACGAUUAUAGUUUGGUAAUGGGUGCUUGCUGCGAAAAUGUUAUAGGCUAUGUUCCAGUGCCGGUCGGAGUAGCAGGUCCGCUUUUACUAGAUGGAAAAUUAGUAUACGUUCCAAUGGCUACCACCGAGGGCUGUUUAGUAGCCUCCACAAAUAGAGGGUCCAGGGCAUUAUUAAAAUGCGGAGUCAUUAGUCGCGUUGUGUCAGAUGGAAUGACAAGAGGUCCUGUUAUUCGUUUUCCUAAUAUGGCCAGGGCCAGUGAAGCUAUGACGUGGAUGCAAAACCCAGAAAAUUUUGAAAUAUUAAAAGCAAGCUUUGAUUCAUCAUCUAGAUUCGCAAGACUUUCUAAAAUUCAUAUUAAAAUAGCAAGUAGACAUUUAUUCGUUCGAUUUAUAGCACAAACGGGAGAUGCAAUGGGAAUGAACAUGCUUUCCAAGGGAACCGAAAUCGCUCUUAAUACCGUGAAAGAACACUUUUCCGAUAUGGAAAUAUUGAGUUUAAGUGGAAAUUUCUGCGCAGAUAAAAAACCUGCUGCCGUAAACUGGAUUGAAGGACGUGGAAAAUCUGUAGUAGCCGAAGCUAUAGUACCAGCAGACGUUGUUACAAAUGUACUGAAAACUUCUGUUCAAGCUCUAAUAGAUGUGAACAUAACCAAAAAUCUCAUUGGUUCUGCCGUUGCAGGAAGCAUAGGAGGUUUUAAUGCACAUGCAGCUAAUAUUGUGACUGCUAUUUUCAUUGCGACGGGACAGGAUCCCGCUCAAAAUGUUGGAAGUAGCAAUUGCAUUACCUUAAUGGAACCUUGGGGAGACGAUGGUAAUGAUCUUUACAUUUCUUGUUCAAUGCCAUCGAUUGAAAUUGGUACCGUUGGAGGUGGUACUGUUUUGCCUCCACAAUCAGCUUGCCUAGAUAUGCUCGGCGUGAAAGGUUCUAAUGAAAAAAAUCCCGGAGAAAACGCAUGCAAGCUUGCUAGAAUAGUUUGCGGUACCGUUUUAGCUGGUGAAUUAUCAUUAAUGUCAGCUCUUGCUGCUGGUCAUUUAGUCAGAAGUCAUCUCAAGCACAAUAGAUCUUCUACAAAAGGAAGCACAGAACAUUGCAUGGCAAAAUCGUGA